AAUAUUGUUGCUCCAGUAUGGCACAUGGCAUUUUUAUCUAGGCUGACACUAACACACACACAAAACAUUGGCAGACACUCACACUGCGCCGCCUCAGAUCUGAGCAGGCAAACUGCACAUACUUUUGUUUAUAUACUAAAAUUCUUGCAGAAUCUUCGUUUUGCCGAUAUUGAAGUUUGAUGAAUUACCGUUGCCGGCGUCAUCGAUAUGGCGGUCAAGGUGCAGUUCGAAAUUGGUCAUACAUCAAAGCUCCGCAGCAAGAAACAUCCACAGGCCUUCACCCACGACUGGGAGAUAUAUGUACAGGGCGUGAACAAGGCAGACAUAAGUGCAUUCGUUGACAAGGUCGUCUUUAUACUCCACGAUUCAUUUCCCAACCCAAAGCGUGUAAUCAAAGAGCCACCGUAUGUCAUACAGGAGUGGAGCUAUGCCGGUUUCAUACUCCCCGUCGAGAUCUAUUUUCGCAAUCAAGACGAGCCUAAGCGCAUCAUGUAUCAAUAUGAUUUGGAUAUGCAGCAGACGGGGCCACCACAUCAUCGGGUCGAAGUUAAGACGCAUGUCUUUGAGGAGCCCUCGGAGGAGUUUCGAGCGAAGCUAAUGCGCGGUGGCGGCGUACCCGUCUUUGGGGCUAACAUUGCUGCAGCCGGCAAUCUCAGUCGAACACUUUCGCCCAGCGUUGGCGCUGGCAGUGAUCUACAUUAAGUUUUGUUACAAUUUUCUUCAAGUUUUAUUGCGGUUUUUUUUCGCAAAACAUUUUAUUGUUUUGCAGUCGCGAGUGAAUGACACAAACAGCUGAUCUCCUAGCUCCCAAACUAUCGUUUACAUUACCGAUAGCCACUAUCGAUUGCAAAUCACAGUAGGCAUUAAAAACAAAAUCGCAAAUAAAAUAUUUUACUACCCUAUAUUAUAAUA